UGCUACGAGAUGGAGCGAUACCUGAAGGAUGAACCGAAGCUGCAAAAAUACAAGAAACUCCCCACGGACGCACCGUGGGAUCUGUUCGCGGCACCGGGGCCACUUCCCGGCUCGUGGAAGGUGGAAGUCGAACCGUACUGCUUCGACGAGCUCAACCUGAACGAUCGGGCGUCAGACUCGCGAUCAGAAUCCUCGUCAUCCUCCUCAUCAUCGUCGUCGUCUUCGUCCUCAUCGGACGGUUUGCUAGCACCCAGUGCCAAUGGUCACCCGUGGCAGAACAGCGUGCUGAGUUGUGCCGUGAUGGUGAAAAAGGAACCCAUCGACGAUCCGGACGAUGAUCCGGAAUCGGACAGCCAGGAUGAACCGAGCGUGAAGUACCGCAGCAAACCUACGAUCGGAAAACCCACCACCAACAGCAGUAGUAGUCACCACCACAGCCAUCAUCACCACCACAGCCACAAUCACCACCACAGUAACCAUCAUGGGCGUCAGCAGGGUGCGAUCGAGUUGCGGCUGGUCGCGCGAACAACGGCCAGUUCUGCCAGCGAUCUGUUGCCCACGCUUACGCCACCCUCGUCACCUGAGUCGCACCUCAGCAAGGACACGACGGCGACGGACGGUAGUGGUGGAGCAAGCACUAACACCACCACAUCCACCACCGGCAGUAGUUUAGGGUCGGCGGCGACGACAACGCUAGCGGCCACGAUUAAGAAGGAACCCGCCUCCGAGAUCGCCCUGCUCGAUCGCCAGGGUGGUAAGAUCCUGCGCGUAUCGGCCGGUCCACAUGUGGUCCGAUUAACGACGACAGCGAGUGCGGCCACGGGGAUGAGCGGUGCAAAUGUGGUGAAAGGUGUGACGCGUGUGAUACAGGUUAGCCCUCAGCUGCACGCGGCCAUCGCGCAACGUAACUCGUCGGGAUCACCGAGCUCGACAGCGUCACCAAGCUCCAAACAUCACCACCGGCAGCAGGAUCACAGUCCUGACGCGAAGCGGCGGAUACACAAGUGUCAAUUUCUCGGCUGCAAAAAGGUCUACACCAAAAGCUCCCAUCUCAAGGCGCACCAGCGAACGCAUACAGGGGAAAAACCGUACAAGUGCUCCUGGGACGGAUGCGAGUGGCGUUUCGCGCGCAGUGACGAGCUGACGCGCCACUAUCGGAAACACACCGGCGCGAAACCGUUCAAGUGCCGGCACUGCGAUCGGUGUUUUUCGCGCUCCGAUCACCUGGCGCUGCACAUGAAGCGGCACGCGUAA